AUGGGUUCAAGUAUAUUCUUCCUAUUUUCAUUUCUAGGAUUCCUAUUUGCCAUACUUUCAUUAGUAAAGGCAGAGCCCUUAAAGAACACAAGACUAUUCAGAGAAUACAUAGGAGCUGAAGACAAAAAUGUUAGAUUUUCAGACGUGCCUAUUCAUUCUGAUGUUGAAUUCCACUUCAUUCUCUCCUUCGCUAUCGAUUACACAGGUUCAUCUUCUCCAACAAAUGGCAAGUUCAAUGUCUUUUGGGAUGAAGAAAACCUCACACCUUCUUCUAUUUCUUCCAUCAAGGCCAAGCAUUCAAAUGUCAAGUUCGCCCUCAGCCUCGGAGGUGAUACGGUAAGUGAUGGAACAUUUGCGUUCUUCAAACCCAAAUCCAUUACAUCUUGGGUUAACAAUGCUUUUACGUCCAUAUCUCAUAUAGUGAAGGAGUAUGAUCUAGAUGGGGUAGACAUCGAUUAUGAACACUUCAAAGCAUCCCCUAAUACAUUUACCGAGUGUAUAGGGCAACUCCUACAACGACUCAAACGUCAAAAUAUCAUUUCGUUUGCAUCCAUUGCACCAUUUGAUGACGACACUGUGCAGUCACAUUACAUGGCUUUGUGGAGAAAGUAUGGAGAUCUAAUAGACUAUGUCAACUUCCAGUUCUAUUCCUAUGGAGAAGGGACAACAGUUUCUCAGUUUUUGAAUCAUUUCGAUGCCCAAAGCUCUAAUUACGAAGGUGGUAAAGUUCUAGCAAGCUUUGCAACAGAUGGAAGUGGAGGUUUGACACCAGAAAAAGGGUUCUUCAAGGCAUGCACCACCCUUCAAAGUAGGGGCAAACUUCAUGGCAUAUUUGUUUGGUCAGCAGACGAUUCGAAGAAGAACAAUUUUCGUAAUGAGAUACAAGCACAAAACCUUUUAGCCAAUGUGGAAUGAUCCAUCUCUUGAUCAAAUUGAUUAACUUUUAUUGUUUACUCAAAAGAAAAAA